AUGGAAUCAUCCCCCAUCCCCAAAGGCUCUAUUCCAGGGCCAAUCAAUCUGGCUUCUUGGCUUGAAACAAACUCUAACAAUUUAAAACCUCCUGUCAAUAACAAAUGUUUAUACUCCGGGGAAGAUUUUAUUUUGAUGGCAGUCGGAGGCCCGAAUACAAGGAAUGACUAUCACGGAAUGGUUCUACCAGAUCAAAGGUGA